CCCACGGCCUUUGGAGGGUCUGGGCCCCCAGGAGCCGGUCACAGGUGGGGAUCUCCUACAGUUGAAGGUGGGUCUCGGCCUGGUCAGACGUGGACCGAGGCAGCACCGGCUUAAGGGGCAGCUGGCUCAGCUACAGGAGCGGCGCCCUGCAUGUUCUGCCUCCCGUGGGCGCCCGGGCCCCACGUCCAAGUGCUUACCUUCCAGGCGGUGUUACAGAGGAUGGGCGGUCUGGCCUCCGCGCCCCCUGGCUCACACAGAUGAGGAUGGAGACUUGGUGGCCUUUUCUAGUGACGAGGAACUGACCAUGGCAAUGUCCUACGUGAAGGAGGACCUCUUCCGUAUUUACAUUAAAGAGAAGAAGGAGUGUCGGCGGGACCACCGCCCCCCGUGUGCUCAGGAGGUGCCCCGCGGCCUGGUGUACCCCGGCGUGAUCUGUGACGGGUGCAAUGGGCCAGUGGUGGGAACCCGCUACAAGUGCAGCGUCUGCCCGGACUACGACCUGUGCUCCGCCUGCGAGGGGAAGGGCCUGCACCGCGAGCACAGCAAGCUCGUCUUCCCCGGCCCCUUCGGGCCCUUCUCCGAGGGCGUCGCUCACAGCCGCUGGCUCCGGAAGCUGAAACACGGGCACUUUGUGUGGCCCGGCUGGGAGAUGGGCCCCCCAGGGAAUUGGAGCCCACGUCCUCCCCGGGCAGGGGACACCCGCCCCGGCUCUGCAGCCGAAUCAGCUGCUGGUCCAUCGGAGGAUCCCAGUGUGAAUUUCCUCAAGAACGUAGGGGAGAGUGUGGCGGCCGCCCUGAGCCCUCUGGGUAAGUGGCGGCCUCUGUCCUUCGAGAGCAGGAGUGUGUCGAUCACUUGGUGAGGGGGUGGCUGGGGGGCGGCUUGCCCCCUGGGUCACCAUGGAGGAACGGUGACUGCCGUGCCCUUGGGGCCGGCCUUUGCCAUGCGCUGCACCGCAGGCCGCUCAAAGUUAAAUUCCGUGACGCGUUCUGGAGCUUUCCCUGUAGAGUGAAGUGGAAUCAGCGAGUGUUUGGUUGGGAUAAGCCCAGUAGCCUCUGCUGCAGGGCUGGCCUGUCGGCUUCUGACUUCUCUUCCCACAAAGGACAGUCUGCUUUCCCCCCUGAAUGUGAGCCCUGGGGUUUACUCAAGGACUUGGGGGAGUAGUUAGCUGAGAGGCCAUUUCUCUUUGCUUCCCUUCUGUUUUUUUGCAACCGCAACCUUUCUGGGGGCUUCCUGAGUGCCCAGCUUUUUGCCUGCGCUGGGGAGCCGGGUGUGAUGGAGGGUUUCCAGUAGCCUCGGGUCAGAUGUGAGGUCACUGGAUGGGUGGGUGAACCGCAGCGGGUACCCCCCUCGUGGUGGGACUGGCCCAAGGCUUUAGAAGGCGCCUGCUGUAUCCGCUGGCCCUGACGGGGACGGUGGGAGUCCGCUACGACUGUGACUUCUGGUCCAAGGCUACAGUGGAUCCGUGAUCUCUGGCUGGAAGUGUGCUCCGCUUUGUGACUUCAGCGGCAGCAAGUGUCCACUGUCUGAACGGAUGCUGAUGGGACGGGGAGGCAGGCCCGCCGUCGCCCUCAGCUUGAGGCCAUUUCGGCUCCCGCUGCAUCAGGCCAGGACACAGCUCAGCAGGGACCCGUGAAACCCCUCAGACCAUGUACCGCGGAGUUUCGUGCUUGGACUUAAAGGCCUUUGAGAGAAAGAGAAAAGAACGGGUUCUUAAUGCCUUCUAGGAGGAUAAAAGUGGAGCGGCGAUCAGGUUAUAAGCAGGAGAUAAGCUAGUGCUAAACCCUAGCUGCCUCACAAGACGUGGUGAUGAGAGUUGUGAUUUGGGGGCAACGGGAAGCGGCUCUUUGGAAGCUACUAGUGGAUCGUGGUUCUCAAGGUUGGCCGAGCCUCAGAAUCCCCAACAUGGGUUGUUUUUGGUAUAAAUUUUGACGUAUGGAGAUUUCACUAAAAUUAUUCUGAAGAACAAAGUCCUUCGCUAAAAGAACGAACCAGACAAGCUGGGAAGUCCCGAACCCCAGUCUAGGUUCAGGUAGGGAACCUUGGAACCGUGCAGAGUCCCAGGUCCACCUUCUGGAUUCUGGUAAAUUGGCCAUGGGUCGGGCCUGGGAUCCAUGUGUUUUGAAGGCUUGCCAGGGACUCUGGGUCCCACUUGCUGUCCAUCCCGAGGCCCAUCUGAGCCGGUGGCCUGUUUCAGAACUUGACCCGGAUUCCCCACUCAGGGCAGAGGGGGUAAUUUUGGCAGCGCUCAGGGGCGUUGUAGGCUAAGGGUGAAGGCCUUUUCAGGUCUUUCAAAGUGGAGGGAAUUGCUGUGUACCAACUGGGGAGGAGCCUAGAACUCUCCAAAACAACAAGGAAAAUUUCAGUAAAUAUGCCUCUGAAGCAGUUUCAGUUGAGGAGAGCCACUUGAGGAAUUGAUUAAACUUUAGAGUUAACGGGUAUUUUCCUUUCUUAUGAGGAAUUGACAGCUAGGGUGACUCAUGCUAACGGCCUAGAAGGGACUGUUCCCAGAGCAGGGGCCCCAAGGGACAGCCAGUAAUGCCUUCCAGAGGGCAGACCAUGUGCAGUGACUCAGCGAUUUUAAAAGCAAAGACCUUGUUUGGUAGGUGCCACGAGGACCAGCUGAGCGGGUCUGCCGCCAGCCUGAGUUUGCAGUCACUGACCUCUAGGACCCCCAAACCGCAGGUCCUUUCCUUGUCCUAGGGUUUUCAGAAGACACUCCCCCUCACAGGCUCUGGGGGAAGCAGGGCACGGCCAGUGGUACAGUCUGUAAGCCCUUAGGUCGCAGGUUAUCAUCCGUUGGAGAAACUUGGGAUUCUAGAAUCUCUCUGGUUCAUUUAUGGAAGUCCUGUCAUUCGCCCCCAUAGAAAAGUGAGACAGUAUAUGGGUGUUCAUUGGAUGUUCUUCCAACUUUCCUGUGUGCUCGAACCCUUUUUUUUUUUUUUAAAGAUUUAUUUAUUUAG